GCCGCGCGUCGUUGGCUCGUCGGCGCUGUCAUGGCGGGUGCGCUGAAGAAGACCACGGGCCUUGUGGGGUUGGCUGUAUGUGAGACUCCACACGAGAAGCUAAGAAUAUUAUACAGAAAGAUUCUUGGUAUUCUUGAGCAAAUUCCAAAAAAUGCAGCAUAUAGGAAGUAUACAGAACAGAUUACAAAUGAGAGGCUGGAUAUUGUUGAAGCGGAGCCAGAUAUUAAAAAAUUAGAAGACCAACUUCAAUAUGGCCAAAUAGAAGAGGUAAUUCUUCAGGCAGAAAAUGAACUAAGUCUGGUGAGAAAAAUGAUUCAGUGGAAACCAUGGGAGCCGUUAGUGGAAGAGCCUCCCGCCAACCAAUGGAAAUGGCCAAUAUAAUCAUUAAAUGACUUUGGUGGGUUGAUGGGAAGCUAAUAUGAUUAAGUGUUCUGUUAUAUUAAAAAUAUUUCCAUGUUAUUGACAUCAAGAAAACUGAUAAAAACAUAUUUAGGAAACUUGUUAAAAUUAGUGAUUAUGGUUAUAGGGUUGUGAAUCAGUUUUUAGUUUGUAUUCACUCAGAUUAUUUCAAAGAUUAUAUUUCUUUGAACAGAGAAGUUGUGGAAAGAUUUGAAAGUUACUUAGAAAAAUUUCUACAGAUCUUUAUUGCAGAUGCCAUAAUUGAAAGGUAAAGUAUCUUUAGUAGUAUCUUCAAUAUGUCAUUUAAUUUUUUUUAUCCUGAAAAAAAAGAGAAAAGGCACUUGAUUAUUAUUGUCUAAAUAGAUUUAUAGGUCACUGUUUGAAGUGAGGUAAUAAGAGAAUAUUUUCAAAUGUGAUAAAUGUCAAAAGUACCUGGUGAUAAAAUUUAAAAUUGUGAUUAACCUCUUUAGCUGUGAUCCUAUGAAUAU